GAGGCCCCACCGGCGGAUGGCAGCCGACGGAUGACCCAGAGGUUGCAGCUGGACGCCCUGUGGGAUCGUCCCACAUAUCGGAUGCGACGAUUCAACUUCACGGCAGCCCCAGGCGAGCACGCGUGCUUCGCGGGGUUCAAGUCCAUGAUGCAGCAUACUGACCGGUGUCGAGGAUGGCAGCGGGUGUACCCCACCAAGGGAACCAAGCAACUAUUUUUCAACACAGGUGCCAACAAGGAGAGCAAUUUCACUCUUCAGGACGUGGUGGCUGAACACAUCAAUGUUUGGGUGGAGGAGAAUUCGACAGAGCUCCAUCGCGAUGUGGCACUCAAGGCAGCGGAGAUUUAUAGCAAUGCCUUAGGGACAGAGGAGCUGAAGCCAACGCCUGACACACAAAGCUGGAUGGAACAGGAGUGCAAGGUGAUGGGCCAGAUGCCGUUCAUGUAUUCUUGUUCCAAUCGGAUCAAUGUCUUGGUUCAGAGCUGCGGCUUCGACAAUGCCUUCGUGAUGUCCAGUGAUUACUUGGUGAAUUACCCCGCGCCAGUGAACAACAAAUCGAACAACAACAAUGACAUCAUCUUCUACCUUUGCCAGGAGUUGGUGGAUGGGAAUCCCAACCCCUAUGCAGUGGCCAACACCUUCGCGCACGAGCUGGCGCACGUCAUUCAAGGCGGCUGCUUGGUGCUGAACCAAGGCCGGAAUGUGCUGGAACCGGACGUGGAAGCGGAGCCGGUUACAGACGCGGAGGUCGAAAGCUUGGAGUGUGUCGAUGUGGGAGUGGACUUCGAGCAGGCAUGGGCAUUGAGCGGGCUGGAUGCAAAGCGGCCCAGGGUUACGUCCAAAGAUGUGCGGGACGCGCUGCAGGCACACCAGCUGCAAGUGCGCUGUACCAACACGCAGCUGCACAACUUUGUGGUGCGUUUCAAUCGCACGGGCCCUCCCCAGAGCGGCAAGGGCAACCUAACCUUGAGCCAGGUGCGCAACGCGGCCAUGGACUACAUGUGCGAGAGCAUGGAGGCAUGGGCAACGUGGAACCCAUGGCGACUAGUGGUUCUACCAUGUCCAACCUUUGAGGUGGACAGGAUCUGCGUCGUGUGGACUUGCCCGGGCAUGCUGCGACGCGCUGCUUGUCUGCAAGGGAAGGUGGUGAAGCUGGCCGUGGACGCCAAGCAGAAAAUCGUGGCCAAUGAAUAUGGGAUCGUGACAGUCUCAUUUUUGGUGAGCAGCGCGACGCCGAGCAAAACCUGGGCAGGGACCAAGCACACAAAGUCUAUUGACACGCACACUGCCACACAAGAACCCUUCAUCCAAGCGUUGGUGAAUUCGGAGUCAGAGGCCAAUAAUAUGACGCAGAUCUUCACGGAGGCAUGCAACCUUGCAGAGCGAUAUUGCGGCCUAGAUCUACGUGCGCAAGUUUGGCAAGUGCACAAGGACUACGCCAAGGGGAUCGAAGCGUCCCGGCGCAAAGUCUUUCCGUAUGCCCGCCCAUGUGACGACUAUGUGCAUAUGCGCCGGGCCUCCUACAAAAUUCUCCAGAAGUAUUUGCUGACGAAAACACAGAGGCCGAGGACCAGCAAAGACAAAGCAAAGAAGCGCGCGUCGCCAAGUCCAGCGAGGGCAAGCACCAUGGCGGCGAAAGAGGAGGAAGACUUCAGCCAACUGGAGAGGGUUAUCCAAAUCAGCCGGGAGGUUCCGACGGUGCAAAUGUUCGAUGCCAUUUGGCAGCUGGCUUUUCCGUGGCUGCGGGAGAAAAGCGCAGCGGCCGCAGAGUACUUGCAGCGGACCUACUUUCAGCAGGUGCCCACCGAGAGCCUGCAGAAAGGCUUUCGCUGCAAUGCGACACUUUGGGGCGCUGACAGCUUGUGGUUUGGCGGCUUCUGGGGCGGAAUUCUGGGAACGUAUCCAGGCAGCAGCUCUGGAACACAGCCGCUGGAAUCAUUUCACUCCUACUGGCAAGGCACUAUCAAAGCCAAAGCAAGGACAUCGCCAGCAGACAGAUUUGGCAGCAUGCAAGACCUUUUCCAAAAGGAUUGGGCAGCACGAUUUGCGUGGGACGAAGAGAAGAAGUUCGUGACAUGGCCCGCACGCUCGGCAGAUGCACUGUUCAAUAGCCAAAGUCUACGCUCGGCGGGUAGAUCCCCAGCUAGGGAUUUCUGGGAACACCGUGAAAAGCGGCUUUGUGGGAACCGCAACUACCGCGAAGUGUACAUCCGCACAGGUGACACAGAGGGUGCUGGGAUGGAAGGGAUGACCACGUUCUGGGUGCUGCAAAGCAGAGCCCACGACAAAGUCACAGCAGCGGAAGCGAUUGUGCUGCCCGAUGUGGCGGAGACGGUUGCCAACCUCAUCGCGGCAGAGGGCACGCAGUUAGAGAAGUGGCUGGCGAAGGGAGGUAUUGUCAGGGAGGGGCGGCUAGAAUUGGGAGCGUUGCAGAAAUACAUGCACAGGUAUUGCGCAGUCUUGGAGGGGCACUUGGUCCAAGUGUCAUGGCCCCGCAGCCACCGCAAGCUGAAGAAAGCGGUCCCUGGCAAGCUGUGCACCUGCCGGGAAUUCUUGCUGCACGCUGACUGCGAGCACGUGCUCUUCAUCAAGGCGUUGCAGAACGAUCCCACAGCUAGCAUGCAGAACAUCCCGACGCUGAGGCCGCGAGGUUUUGGCAGCAGCUCGGGCGUGAUGAUGGAGGGCGGUGCUACCUGGCUAGAAGGGAACCUCUUGAACUUGGCGCCGCGGCCCAUGAUCUACGCAUGGGGCUUUCGCGACUGGAAUCGCAUCAAUGCGGCACACAUCUACGCGCAGAGCAAGAAGACCAACGCGCGGAAGUUCUACCAGAUCCAUGCCAUGCUUUUGACCUACUUGUCCCAGGAGGCACUCCUCGGAGAUCGUGGCAGCAGCGCGCUGCAGAACUAUGAGACAUUUAGCGAGGACCUGGCCCCGUUCGGACGAAGGACCUACGAUUACUUCCUCCAAUUCGUGGGCAAGGACCAGCCAGGUGCCUUUGACCCUCUCGAAUUGGAGGUGAACUCGGUCGAACACCCCUUUGGCGAGGUGCUGCUGAACUUCCGCGUGGCGCUGGCGGCGCAAUGCAUCAACGAGGCGUCCAAGCGGCCCACGGAGCCCAGGUAUUGGAUGCCCGAGAACUUGAGGGAUCGACCCUUCUGGGACUGCACGAGCUUCCCGACCUUCGGCCCCACCGAGGGCGCGGCGCAGCACGAGGGGCUGGAGCUCCACUACGGCGGCGCGGGGAUCUAUCGGUUAGCCCUCGCUGCAGACGCCACGGUGCAAGUGGACCCAUCGGCGGAUUGGCAACUCCGGACCAAGGUGCUGGCAGCAGGCCAUGCCGGAGGCCCUGCCGAGGUUCGGGAGCUCCGCCCCGGCGAGACGGCGAGCUUCCAGGGCGAAAGGGAGAUCUUCGUGGUGCAGGUCAACGUGGAUCCGGAAGGAGAGACGCUCUCACGAGCGGACAAGGGCAGCGUGUGGAAUCAAGACAUUUGCGAGAAGUUGCAGCCGGGAUGUGUGGGCAAGGCCUGGACGACCAGCAAGAAUGGCUUCUACCCAAGCCUGGCUGCCGAGGGCCUUCGCACACCCAUGCUGAAGCUUCCAGAGGCCAAGAACCUCACGCUGAGCUUCCAAGCAUGGUGGCAGUUGGAAGGCGUUGAUGGUGGCUUCUUCUCCAAAACCGAGAACGGUUGCGAGAUCGAUGGUUGGGAUGGCGUUCAGGUGCGCUUGCACGUCUAUUCGGAUCCCACGGCUGAUGCACACUCGCAUGGCGAGCAGGUGGUGGUUUUGGAGCCGCACGGUGGCUAUGACAAUCGCAGCCAUCAUGUCAUCGCUGCUUUAGGCAAUGUGGGCAUCCGAGCGCCAUACACCAAGAGCUACGCGAAGGAUUGCAAGAGUUUGGAUGGAUGGACAGGCUCCAGUCCACAUGAUGGAUUUGCCGUGCAGAACUUUUCCUUGGAGAAGUUCGCAGGAGAAUAUGCGCGCGUCGAGGUGGUCUUUGCCAGCGACAGCGGCACGGUGAUGAGCGGCUUUUGGCUGAAGGAUUUGGAGGUGAAGUCCAAUGGCCAGGUUGUCUUCAAUCAGACUGAGUCGCUCUACGGAAGCACCUUCGUCUACAGCAUCCCUGCUGGAACCAUGGGGAGUGCUGGCGUGCCCGUGGUGGUGCAGUACCCCGAUGGCUUCGAGGCAGAUGUGGGCCUUAAAAAGGCCUCCGUGACGCGCCGUGGAGCCUGGUCGGCGACAUGGAGCAAAGGCCAGCUCCGGCGCGCCUACGUGGGCUGGUCCUAUGAAUCGCCCAUCCUGGAGACCAAGACCAUGAAGCUUCAGCCAAACCAAGAGGCCUGCUUGCAGCUACGAGCACCCUUCCGGGGAAAGCCCUCAGUGGCCACGCUUUUUACUUUGGUGGACAAGAUCGGAAUUAGAUCCGUGACAUUGACUGGCCGUGACACCCAGCGAAUGGCGUCCUUGGGUACAGCAGUGACCUCGCCUUCGCUUGGAGUGACCGACCCAGGAGUCCACCGCUUUCACCUCUCUGGGUGGCCCACCCUGGAAGCCGGAGAACUCUUCUUCCUUUGCGUCUCUACCGGAGAUGUCGAGAGCCUCAUGACGGACCCUAGCUCUUCCUCGCCCUUCCUCCACUUGCCCCUCACCAACGUCGCAGCCGUGACACAGGAUGAACCUGGAUGGAUGCUUCUGCGGCAAGAUGGGAAGGAGGUCCCUGCAGAUGAGCUCUCAAAUCUUUGGCUGGAGCACCGAAUCACACUUCGAGCUGAGUUCGUCGAGGAGACAAAACAGUUCGACACCGUCUGUUCCGCUUGUGCGCCGUUCCCCCGUCUCACAUGAGCACAAGAUCACCGAUGGCCUUGGGGCCGAGAAGAACUUGGUGGCCAAGACCACCCUUUGGCGAUCAGGGAUGCUGCGAUGUGGAGUCAGUUGCGAUGCGGUUUGUUUGUUUGAAGAAACGAUAUCAGUUGAACAGUAUCAAAACAAAGUAGAAUGUGUGUGUGUGCCAUUGUGAGCUCACAUUCUGA